AUGGAUGACCAACAAGAGCAGGAUUGUGCCUCAGAAGACCAAGAAACUAUCCUGAUUAAUGGGGUGAAAGAAAAUGAACCGCGUGCCCCAGACGGCGACGAGAGGCCCUGCACCGCCGCCGAGGUCCCCUUCCCGGCCGUGACGACCGCUCAGAAGGAGAGCCACACGUGCCACCGGGCGCCACCUCCCCUGCCAGCCAAGAAGCCCUGCUCGCUGAGCCCGCCGUCGCCGCUGCGGCUCACCGAUGCGCCCGAGCACACCUCGGAUGACUCCUCCGCCCACGCCAUCUCCCUCACCUCCUGCGUGACGAAGGGCAUGAGCUCCUGGUCGCUGCCGGGCGACUGCGAGAAGGCUCCGUUCACCAUGAUGGAGCCCGGAGGCAUGUCGGCGCUGACGGGCGACUGCUUGAUGCAGCCGAGCCGGACCUGUCUGGGCUGCUUUAUUGAAUCGAAGGACGGCAUUGAUGCGGAGCCGGGAAUAAGCUUGAAAGUGGGGGAUAUAAAUAGGGAUUAUGACACCUGUUCGGUCUCUGAUAUAGGGAUUCACUGCAUGAGCACAGGAGAAACCAUGAGAUAUGGGGAUCAACUGCUUUCAGACCAGCUUUUAAGCUUCCCUAUGCAUAAAUCGAGGGCAGCGGACAAAAGAGAUGCAGAAAAAUCUGACAGUGAUUCAGAGGACCCCACUCAGAAAAAUUAUUACGAGGGAUUACUAUUAGACAAAUGCAACGGUGAGGAACCUUUACUAACAAAUCCCAACCAGGAAUGGGGCUAUUUCGAAUCUUUCAUUAGUGAAAGUAAAAUCGAGCUGCUUGACCUCUGCUCCAAAAACGAGCUUUCCGUAAAUCUGUUUUCCGAGGAAGACGUGGAUAAUUACAUGUUUGAUGACGACGACUCCACCUUGGGAAGCGAUGUCUGCUCCCUAAAGAUUAGAUACGAAUCUUUCCAGGACAACGUGCGGGAGAAGACCACCACCCUGCAAGAGGACGCCCAGUUCAACUUCUUCCCCAGCGUGUUUGGCAACUGCACCAAAAGGGACAGCAGGAGCACCCUGAAAAGGGGGCCCGGCAGUGCCGCCGACCCUUCACAAUUCAAGUCUGAGGAAGGCAUCAUCUGGGGGGAGGAGGAGGAGGACGGCGAGGAAGAGGACGGCGAGGAGGAGGAGAAAGCUGCCUUAAAUAAAUCUUGCAACAGCACGGAGAUGGUGCAGUACGUGGGCUCCAAGAGGAGCCACUUCUUGGACUCGGUGAAUUCCACGGAGGACUCCGGGGAGUUCAGCGACGACAGCACUUGCACAGAGUCCUCCUACGACGUGCUGCGGGAUAUCAAGGACUGCAGCCGGUACCUGUCCCGGGACCACUCCGGCUCCUUCAUUCAGCAGAACUACGGGUUGCGGGCGAAGAGGAAAGUGCGAUACAGCGACGACUACCUGUACGAUGUGGACUCCAUCGAGAACGAGAAGAUCCUGGACAAGAAGGAGUGGCUCCCGGACGGGCCCAAGGAAGAGGACGACGACGAGUGGUGCCCUAAGAAACGGCGAAAAGUCUCUCGCAAGGAGCCCCCCGUUAUCAUCAAGUACAUCAUCAUUAACAGGUUUAAAGGGGAGAAGCAUAUGCUGGUGAAGCUCAGCAAAGUGGAUGCCAACGAGACAACUGUUACCCUAAACGAGGAGCUGCUCAGCAAAUAUGAGAAGCUGGCCCCGCUGAAGGGCUUCUGGCAGGAGAGGCAGCAGAGCCGGCUGGAUUUGCUCAGAUCGUCUCUCUACCACAAGCAGAAUUUCUAUCUUAACGGCUCAGAUGCUUCGUUCCUCCCUCACCCACGGAAGCGAAAAUGCAAGCUAGCAAACCGGCACCGGAUUCAAAGAAUUAAAGCCAUCGAGCAGUCAGUGAACAAGCUGGGCUCUUGCUCCUCCGAUCACAAGCAGCCUUGCAGCAGCAAAGAGGACGCGGGCCUGAAAGGGCUGCCGGCGUUGGCCAUCGCCGCCCCCAGCUGCGCCAACGGAUUGCACGGGAGCGACGUCGCGGGCAUCGCCGCCGCGAAAUGCAAAUCGCAGGAACGGGAGCACAAGGGGCCGGAGAGGAAAGUGCUCCGCAGAAUCAAAUUCAAAAGUGAGGCCAGGUUGAAGUGCAAGAAGAUCAAAGCCGCUACCAGUACGGCGGAGGGCUCCCCGGCGCUGGAGAACCAGGACUCUACAGCGCGUCUGAAGGACGAAAACGUUCCGUGUGCUUCAGACAGCUCCCAUCUCCCGGAGUGCCACGAGGAGAAGCUUGCUAAAAAUUCUCCUUUCCUACCAUCCACC